AUGGGUGAAAUCUCUUUGCUGGAUACUGUGACAACUUCUAAUGAUACACAUCUCGGUCCAACAACUCGUCAGUACUCACCAACAGGAGUCGAUUUGACUCAGCUAAUCGAGGUGCAGUCCAGCCGGACGGUGAUAGGAAGAGAUAUGAAUGAGGUAUGCACGAAUUUGGCCACUUCAAAUAAUAGUAGACAAAAUAUCCAUCAAAUACGGCAUAUGAAACAGCUGCAACAGCCAUGGAGCAAUUCGAGCAGAGUAAGGGAGGAUGAGAGUUUUAAAAGUAAUGUAGGAGAAUUCAAGGUAAUUGUGUCAACUUCAACUGAAACACGGAACUCAAAUUCUUCACCUGUUUUAUUGAAUUCAUGUACUCUAGAUCAUGGGGUUUACCAGUGUCAACAUUUCAAGAUACUAUCUUCCAGAGAGGAACCUCCUCCUGACGCUAGCAAGCUUGAUCAGCCAGACUCAAUUUCUAUUGUUCCAGAAGCAGAGUGUACAGUUAAGUUGCCCGACUGUCUACCUGUUUCCCUAUCUCUUCCUGUCGCUCUACCACUACAGCUGCCUCUGGUUGUACCAUUGCCAAUCCAGCUGCCGGUAUCUCUCUCAUUUGUGCCACCUGACCAAGGAUCGGUCAACGGAGCAGUAGGUCUCGCAGAUUACACAAGCUUCCCUCCCUCACAGAUUAGUAAGCCAAAUUCGCAGCAGCUGAAUAGUCCUGAAAAUAAGUUAGCUGAUUGGAAUUGCCUCCAAGCAACGGAAAACGAGACGAAUGAUGGAUUUAAACAUAUAGGGUCAAGUCAGCUAUCCAGUACAAAUGCAAGCUUGCCUCAAAACUCAGCUUUUCUGCUGACCUCUUACAUACCUGAUAACUCCGUAUUAGAAUCGGUAGAGGGAAACGUAGCAUCCGAAGCAGAGUAUCAAAAUCGGAAAGGUGUUAUGCCUUGGCUUACAAGUCAAAUGAUGAAUGGAAACACCUACAUGCCAGGUUCUAGUGUCCUGCAUAAAUAUAGCGUGAGGAUAUAA